AAUGACCUUGUAGCACCGUUUUAAUAGAUUCUAGUUUGAUUUUACCGGCGAAACUGUGUGGACAAUUGCAACUACUAAUUUACUUGGAAUUUUUUUUCAAUACAAUCAUUAUGAAAAGUAUUUUGCACCUACAAAAAUCUCAAAACUUUUUGUACAAGUAGUUAAAAACCGAACCACCUGAUUAAUAAAAUGUGUUAUUAAACUCUUAAGUUGUUUUUUUAUCAUUUCAACAUUUCUCAAGAGGCUAUUUAAUAUCUAUAGAUUAGAUCACAAUACAAUGAUCAAGAUUAAUUUCUCGUGGAAAUGCGGAGAGCCAGUUUGCCAGGUUUUGCUACGUUUAUGGUGUUGAUCUUUUUUUACAAACUUGCUCCGUAUAUUAGAGAGUCACUGACUAGUCUGUACAUACAUAUAGAAGGAGCUCUUAAGUUAAUCACAGCAGCUCUCGAAGCCACUGUUCCUGUAAAACUCCAGGAUUUUUCACAGAAGCAGUUGGUGCUUCCUACCACACACACAGCCAAUCACCCCGUGACUACACAGAGUGAAAGGAUGAGAUGAUCAGGGGCGCAGGUCCAGCAGAAGGAGACAAAAUCACUGCUCUGUCUACUCAGCCAUACUAGUCAUCACUGCGCUGUUAUUAAGCAGGUUUUGGAGAAGACUAUGAGCUCUCCAGGAUCUGCCUCCGCAACUUCAGGAGGUGUGGGCAAUGGUCGAGGGAGCCUUCGGACGUCUGCCGAGUCUGAGGAGGGAACUGACCCCUUGCCCAUGUACGGCACAGGCCACUGUAAGUGGUUUAAUGUACGAAUGGGCUUUGGAUUCAUAUCGAUGACUAGUCGCGGAGGAAAUCCUAUUGAUCCUCCAUUGGAUGUGUUUGUUCACCAAAGUAAGCUGCACAUGGAGGGUUUUCGGAGUCUGAAGGAAGGCGAGGCUGUAGAGUUCACCUUCAAGAAGUCCUCUAAGGGCCUGGAGUGUGUGCGAGUAACGGGGCCUGGAGGAGUCCACUGCGUGGGCAGUGAGAAGAGACCCAAAGGGAAAAGCAUGCAGCAGAAACGAAAGCCAAAGGGAGACCGAUGUUAUAACUGUGGUGGUUUGGACCAUCAUGCCAAAGAGUGUUGCCUCCCUCCACAACCCAAGAAGUGCCACUACUGCCAGAGUGCCGCCCACAUGGUGGCACACUGUCCGCACAAAGCGUCCUCAGCUGCUCAGGGAAGGUACAGCUUAGAGCCGCCUGCCUCCAGCUCAGGCCAAGCCCCAAGCCCUCACAGCUCAGAUGCAGGCCAAAGAACCUCCUACUCGUCUCAGGACUGCUCCGCCUCCAGCAAACCCUCCAGCUCCCCUGAAGACCCCACAACAAAAGCUGCCUCAUCACAGAGAAAAAAGAGGAAAAAAUGAAGUCCCUCUCUCGGUACACCUUGCAAUCUCUCAGGCUGCCUCAUCUUAUCCAGGUCCCCAUUGUAAGCAUACUGCUGCACGCACCCUACCUCAGACUGAUAAGUAAGGCCCAAACUGAUGUCUCUGGAACUCUUGAGCCUCACACGAAGGAGGAAACGUUUGCUGCUCUCUUUAUUCAUAAUCAACUGAACUCCGAACAGGAUUUGGAAAGCCAAAAGUGGGUUUCCAGUGCUUUAAAGAAACUUAUACCUCAUGCACAAUGUACACCUAUGCAUCAUUUUGCUCAUUUUUGUUAGCUCUGUAUUCUGAAUCAUGUUGUCUAAUGUGAAUGUGGUCCAAACAAUUGAAGAAAUGCAGUGUUUUUUUAAACCCUUGAUUUUUGUAGGCACACUGAACAAUUUUGAGCCAAAGAAUCCAAGAGAUUUUUUGAGGUUUUGAACAAGCUACUUGUCUUUCUCAGCAGCCUUAUUUCACUGCUUCUCAUCUAGUUUUAGAAUGGCGGAAGGAAAUCAGAGAUGAUGUCUGAUCAACUUCUGUCUGUUAAAAUAAGAUGUUAAUAAGAGCAAUCAUGGAACUGCACUUCAGACUGCAGAGAUUUUUCGUUUACAUCCUUUCCGUCAUGUUC